ACCUGGCUUGCCAUUGUUUGUUACAGCCCUGUGAGUCGACUCAGCUGGAAUUCAUGUCUCAGCAGUGCUCAGCCACAGACCAGCAGCCUCUUUCAGUGUCUGCAGACUCCAGCUCAGUCUACACCUGGAUCCCUGCCGUCAGCUACACCUCAGGUGAUGCUCAGUGUAAACUGAUGUGUCGCUCACGUGAGCAGGACUUCAUGGUGAGUCGUGGGUCUCAGUUCAUUGAUGGGACACGGUGUGAAGCUGGUAACACUGUACCACGUGGUUCCAUUUCUGCCUGUUUGGGUGGAAAGUGCCAGCUGUUUGGCUGUGAUGGAGUUAUGCAUUCUGGAAAGGUGGAGGAUGUGUGUGGGGUGUGUGGGGGCAAUGGCUCCACCUGCCAAUUAAUCUCAAACAGCUAUUCAGGUGGAGAGGCUGGAGAGUAUGUCACUUUCCUCACCCUUCCUAUGAACACCUCUCAGGUUCAUGUGAUUAAUACAAAGCCCGUUUUUACACACCUUGCGGUGUUAUUAAAUGAUAAAUAUGUGGUGUCUGGAGAUGGAAGCCCAGGGCUAAGCAUCACAUACCCCUCACCUCUGGAGAAGAGCCCCAUAAUCUAUCACCUCUACCUCUCACCGGACCACCAACCUCAAACUGAAGAGCUCACUAUUUCUGGACCAGUUACAGACAAGAUCCACAUACAGGUGUUUCGGAAAUAUGGGCAGGAGUAUGGAGACCUCACCAGUCCAAACAUCACAUACCAGUACUACUCAUUUGAUGCUGUUUCAGUGGAGAGAGCUGUUCAGGGCAGAUGGUCCACUGUCAUAUCUACCUGCUCAGUAACCUGCGGUACAGGCAUCCAGAAAAUCAGUCAGCAAUGUGUAGAUGUGGUCACAUUCGAGCACCUGGAAGAUAAGCUCUGUUCAUCCCCUCAAACACCAGAUCUGCUGCAGCCCUGCUUUCUGCCAAACUGCCCACCCAGCUGGGAGUUAGGUGAGUUUGGACCCUGCAGCGCCCCCUGUGGAGUGGGAGAGCGAGUGCGCUCUGUGACGUGUUUUCAGAAACAGGGUACGGUGAAAGUGGAGCUGCCUGACUCUGACUGUACGCUUGACCCUAAACCACCAAGAACUGAAACCUGCAAUUCCCAAAUCUGUCCUGCCAGAUGGCAGGUGUCUGAGCCUGGUGAGUGCUCGGCCGUGUGUGGACCCGGGGAGGCCCAGAGAAUGGUGUUGUGUGUCCGCUCCCAUCAUGGAUCUGAUUCUGAGGUUGACCAAAAUUUGUGCUCUGAACCCAAGCCCCCAGAACACGUUCCCUGUGUGGUGGACGUUUGUCCUGUCGGCUGGGAUAGCCAAAAAGAGACCGAGCUGACCCGUACAGACUCUCGUGUAAUGCCCCGUUCCACAAUGGUUCCAGUUUAUGUUUGGAGUCCUGUGAUUGGCCAGUGCUCCAAAACCUGUGGCAACGGAUCUCAGCAGGUUUGGUUCUCCUGUGUGGAUCACCAAUCCCGUCUAGAAGUCCCAGAGUUCCUUUGUGAUCGCACCAGUAAACCAGAGCUGUACACCCAGCCAUGUGGCCCAUCAAAAUGUCCUAAUGUUUGGCGCUACAUACAGGGACCGUGCAGUGUGUCUUGUGGAGGUGGUUUAGCGAAGAGAGUCCUGUACUGUUCCCAGAGGGUGGAGGGAGGAGUCGGAAACAGGGAUUUGGUGGUGGGAGAGUCUUCUUGUCAGUCUGUGCCCAGACCUUCAGAGGUAGUGGAGUGUAAUACUGAAAUCUGUCCUGCCAGGUGGCAGGUGGGACGGCAGAGCGAAUGUUCGGUGUCUUGCGGGAUGGGCGUAGCUGUGAGGAGUGUGCAGUGUGUACAGUAUGAGAGGGGUGUAGAGAGGAUCGUGGAGGAGGAGCGGUGUGUGUUAGGAAACAAGCCUCCUGUCACUGCACCAUGCUUCACUCAAGUCUGUUCUUUCCACUGGGAUGUGCACAAGUGGAGUGAGUGUUCUGUCUCAUGUGGUUAUGGGAUCCAGUCUCGGACCGUGUCCUGUAUGGGCCCAUCCAGUCCUCUUCCUGUUAGUCCCUUUCUUUGCCUCCACUUGCCAAAACCCAUCACCAUCCAGGCCUGCUAUAGCCCUGACUGUUCUUCAGCCCAGCCCAAAGGCACUCACAUCCAAUCAGAGCACCAGAAAGGAGAUGGGAUGUGGGGAACUCCAAAAGUGCACACGAGAACCACAAUAGGUCCAGCUGUCCAAAUUAAGAAGAUGAAGAAGAGUUUUUCAGCCAUUGUACCUACGGUGGACUUGAUGGAAAGCACCAUGAGCAUGCCAACAGAACCACCACAGACCAGUUUCUGUGGGCAACUUCUCCUUCAAGACUCAGGAACUAUUGAUCUACGCAAUGUCACUCAGACGAGGUGUAUAUUUGCUAUUGGUCGACCUCUUGAUGAGGUUAUUCAAAUCAAAAUAGUAUCCAGCACUCUUAAUUGCCGGCAAAGGGAGAAUAUCGCCCUGUAUGAUAGACUCAUCCUGAUGCGCCUCUGUGAGAGGACGACUGGUAAAACGCUGAAAUCACGAUCAAAUGUUCUGUUGGUGCGUCAGAGCCGCCUGACCCCUGGCAACGGAGUGGUACUAUUUUAUCAGAGUUUAAAGAACAAAAAAAGCCCUCAUGGGGAGUGUGACGUUCAGAUGUUCUCUCCGUCCGGGCUCAUUGAGAAUCCGAUCAAGAGUCCAGCCAUCUCGCCCUCUAACACUCAGAGCUGUCGCGUGUUCAUUGAUGCUCCAUCAGCAUUGAGGAUUCAGAUCAGAGCACUUUCUGUGCUCAACAAUACUGACACAAACUCAACAUACAUACUGAUUCGUGACGUGGAUGCCUUAAAGACGACCAUAUUCAGAGGGACACGGCUCUUCCUGUGGAGCUCCUCGGGAAGCAGGGCUGAAGUGGAAUUCCACGGGGAGUAUCAGCAAAUCAAGGGAAUGUUCAGGGCCGAGUAUUCGUUCGUUGACCCUUCUGAAGAAGAACCAGUGUAGAGUGUUUCUAGUCCAUAAAGAGCCUUGGAACAUUUAACAACCAUAAUUUAGCCAAUUCAGCACACCAGAAUCAGAACAGGAGGAUUUAUUAGCAUUUCAUCAAAGAUAUAUUCUGUCUUGUUUUGUCAUAUAAUGUUAAAAACAAAAAUAAUACAAUUUACUGUUUAUAUAUAAGUGCUUCUGUAUAUUUAUUGUAAUGAACAUGAGUUAAUCUGUUGACAAUAAUGUGUGCCAAAUCUAACAGCACAAAUAAAUUAAUAACAAUCAUAAAAUGUAUUUUCUGAUAUUUUGAUUUAGAACAGGCUGUGGCCCUACUGAGAGUUUUGGUGAAGAAUAACAGUCGUACUUAGCAAUUGUGAAACUAGCAUGAACCUCCUUAAAGCCCAAGGUAUAUUUUGUUUUUGUUUUUAUGCCUACACUUAGCAUAUGUGUACAGACAAACACAUAGUCAUUCAAAGUAUAUAGUCCAUUUCAGUGCUUCCCAAACUUAUCAGCCGAACCCCUAAGAUCUACAGUAAAAUAUUUACUUGAAAUACCCCCUGAGAUUUGAAGUAAACAUCUCAAUAAUUUAACAAAACAUUCACGUUUUUUCACGGUUCCCUGAUUUUGACUAAUGGUCACUUCACAUAUCUGUAUCUAUAAUCUAUAUAUAAUCUUUUUUUAGUAAGUGUUUUGAUUGUAAUAUAAUGAUGGAAUUUAUUUCAUGCACACUGUACACAUACUGUAUACUAGCGUACGCAAAAAAACAAACAAAACUGAAGUAUACUUUGGGCUUUACAUGAUAUGAACUGGGCAACCAGCCUUCCCAACAUAUAGUUGUUACAAUUGAAACUGUAAAACCAGAAUGAACAUGUCUCAGUCCCCGUUUGAGUUUGUAGCAGUCUUAAUUCAUAGUCACUUGGUAGUCACCCUGGAUAGUGAAAUGUGUACUUUCUGUGCCAUUAGCAUCAUUAAAAUAUA